AUGCGUUUCUUCGCCAUUACCACGGCCCUCUUCGCCGCCGUCGCCGUCGCGGCCCCAGGCAAGCACGAGCACGGUGGUAAGACCGAGCACUCUGGCAAGAAGGGACACCACGGUGCAACGGCACAACACGGUUCCAAAGCCCACGCGCGUAGCGAGGUCGAACCCCGCUUUUCCUUCUCUGACCUCCUCAAGGACGGAGAAAGUGUCAUUUCCAGCAUUCUCAAGCAGCGUGACGAGGGUCUCGACGCCCGUUUCUCAUUCGACGACCUUAUCAAGGACGGUGAGAAUGUUCUGGGUAGCAUCCUCAAGCGCGAUGAGGGUCUGGACGCUCGCUUUUCCUUCUCUGACCUCCUCAAGGAUGGAGAAAGUGUCCUGAGCAGCAUCCUCAAGCGCGAUGAGGGUCUGGACGCUCGUUUUUCCUUCUCUGACCUCCUUAAGGAUGGCGAGAGUGUCCUGAGCAGCAUCCUCAAGCAGCGCGACGAGGGUCUCGACGCCCGUUUCUCACUCGAUGACCUUGUCAAGGAUGGUGAGAGCGUCUUCGGCAGCAUUCUCAAGCGUGAUGAGGGUCUGGAUGCCCGCUUUUCCUUCUCUGACCUCCUUAAGGAUGGCGAGAGUGUCCUGAGCAGCAUCCUCAAGCGCGAGCCUGAGCCCAAGGGCCAUGGCAAGCACGCUGGUGGCAAGCACGGCCACGGCGGCGCCAAGCAAGACGGUGCCACCCAGCACGGCGCAAAGAAUGCCAAAUCCAACGCCAUGCAGGCCCGCUUCAGCAUUGGCGACAUCCUGAAGGACGUUGAGAGCAUCCUCAAGCGCGAGAACACCCUAUACGAUCCCAUCGACCGCAUCCUGCCCCGCGACAGCCUCGAUGCCCGCUUCUCCUUCUCUGACCUCCUGAAGGACGGUGAGAGCGUGCUCUCCAGCAUCCUGAGACGCGAUGGUCUCGACGCCCGCUUCAGCUUCGGCGACAUCAUCAAGGAUGUCGAGAGUAUCCUGAAGCGUGACGGCCUUGAUGCCCGCUUCUCCUUUGACGACAUUGUGAAGGAUGGCGAGAGCGUUCUCUCCAGCAUCCUCAAGCGUGGUGAGCAGAUCGACGCUCGCUUCAGCAUCGGCGACAUCAUCAAGGACGUCGAGGGCAUCUUGAAACGCGACAGCGGCCUGGAUGCCCGCUUCUCCUUCUCCGACCUGCUCAAGGAUGGCGAGAGUGUCAUCUCCAGCAUUCUCCGCCGCGAUGGUCUCGAUGCCCGCUUCUCUUUCUCCGAUCUGCUCAAGGAUGGAGAGAGUGUCAUCUCCAGCAUCCUGAGGCGCGAUGGUCUUGACGCUCGCUUCUCCUUCUCUGACCUCCUGAAGGACGGUGAGAGCGUCAUCGGCAGCAUCCUCCGACGCAGCGAUGCGCUCGAUGCCCGUUUCUCCUUCAACGACAUCCUCAGCGAUGUCGAGAGCAUUCUGUAA